AUGGCAUCACCGAACGCGGCCGACGCGUCAUCCGCGUCUGAACCGAACAAAUCGUCCUCUACAUCUAGUGAAGUUCCUCUAACAGCCCCAAAAGCACAGAUAUCACCUCCGCCAGAGCCCAAAGAGGGUCAAUGGCUUCGACGCGCAGCUAUCCUCUCCUUUUGGGCGGUUAUUGUUCUCCUAGGGCUGCCAGUAUGGUGGAAGACCACGGCCAUCUACAGAGCGGAGCUUCCGUUGCAGGACAUGACCGCCUGGGCUGAAGGCAAGGUCUGCAAGCCCGUGUUUCCUCUCCGCAUCGCCGUCGAAGCUGCAGUCCCCUCUCAGGAUGCGCAGCAGUUGGUCCGAAUGACACAGCAUGCCCUCGAUGACCUCAACGAUUUCUCUGCGCACCACCUUCGCCUUAUGCUCGCCGACUCCUCUUACACCGCAAACGCCUCCCAGCAGGCUGUCACCGAUGGAACGACAUUCAGGAGCAACGACAAGGACAUUGCCUUGGUGAUUCGUAUGAUCCCUGUGGAGACCGGCGAAACUCCUCGAUCACAGCUACAGUCGUAUUUGCCGAUGCUCGAUGUAUACUAUUCGCCGAACCAACUCCCUCCGCAGUCGUCCACCAGCUCGCCGCUUGCGACUUUCAUAGCAGAGGAGCUGCACACAAUCUUCGCCGAAGAGCAGGCUCAACUAGCCUACUCGCUGGCCGCCACCCCUGGAUCACAUGCUGCUAGAACUCAGUCGCUUUCUCCCGAGAAGCAUGCUGAGCUGGACCGUCAGUCAACAAGGGCGCUGAAGUACGCCCCAACCUACCACCUUACAUUCUCCUUGUUCAGUCCGUCGUACGCACCGUCCGCCUGGAACAUUGAGGAUGCUCUUCGAACCUACCUAGCGCCGUUACUCGAAUCCUUCUCGGGCAUCAGUAACUUCACCGUCGAUUCUCAAGUCCAGCUAUACGCUACAUUUUCUCCUUCAAUCCACCAGCCUCAGUACGAUGAGAACCUGAAUGCAUGGACGCUUCGCAGGGAGGACCUCAGCGGUUUUGUUAACGCUGCUGAGUGGCCGCUCAGCCCAAGCAUCGGCGAAGGGCCCACAGUGAAUUUCAUCCUCUACGUCCCAGAUGCGAGCCAGUCCCCUUUGUUGGUCAAGGAGAACGCAGGGAACAGCUGGCUGAUACCCCAGUGGGGCGGUGUUCACAUCCUGAAUCUCCCAAACGGGUCAGAUAUACCCAACACCUUGACCGUUGAAGCCCUUGCCCCGGCUAUGCACACCUUCUCGGACCAGCUAACCUCCUUAUUUGGUUUGUCACAGGCUCCAGCCUCAUUACCUCUUCGCAUCUCGACCCUUGAACGCGUACGAGCCGCAUCGCUCAUAUUCUCCGCCUCCUCCACGUUGGGUGCAUUGGCUCAAGUAUACCAGAAGCUGCCAUCUAUCCCAGUGCCUGACAACGUCGCCCAAUCUGCUGACUCGGCCAUUGCCCAUCUACAACAAGCGUGUAACUAUCUUCGAGAAGGUCGAUUCCAAAGCGCUCUGGAACACGCGCGUGUCGCAGAGGUAGAAGCUGAGAAGGCUUUCUUCGAACGCUCUAUGGUUGGCCAAGUCUACUUUCCUGAUGAGCACAAAGUGGCUGUCUACCUGCCGCUGUUGGGUCCGGUCGCCGUACCUCUGGCCAUGGCUGCCCUCAAGGAGCUCAAGGGCGCAAUUGCAGCGCUUCAAAGACGAUGA